AUGUCUGUGCGGUUGCGUGCUGCUGAAGAGGGCUUUAAUGUUGGCCAGCAAGCUGGCACCCAAGAGCCUCUUGCAUCAGGUGUAUACAAUGCUGGCCCGAUGAUCCGUCAACGUCAAGAUGAGGAACCUCGUGCGCAAGAAAUGAUGAUGCAGCGUAGAUCACAGGAGGGUCUCUACCACAAAUACAACCAUGGGCCUGAUUUUGGAGAGAGACAGGCAUACCAAGCACCCUGGCUUGACCCACAAAAUGUAGCAGGCCCCCGCCAUAUUAUGUAUGGUAAUGGGUAUAGUCAUUUGCCACUCUAUGGUGACAUACACGGACGCAGAGGUGGGCUUUAUCAAGACCCUGGAGUACAACCUGGCGCCUACCAGGCAGAGACAUGGGCGCAGAUGCUUUGA